UCAAAUCUCAAAUGCGUAAAGAUUAUAUAAAUUUCAUUGAUCUUAAAGUGAACGCUUGUGAUGUCAUGCGUCCGGGUGCUGGAAAUCAUAUGUUGGAAAUGAUUCGACGUGAAGUGGUUAAAAGUUUAAAUGCUCCUUUUAAAUGUCCAUUUAAAGAGAAUUUCCUGUAUGACUUAAAAAAUUUCUCAUUCACUGAUGAAUUUUUCCCAGCUUUUAUGCCGUUUGUUAAUUUUACUUUUGGUUUUGAUUAUUACGAUUCGAAGAUCUUAAUUGGUAGUGCAAGAGGUUUAGGGGAAAUUGCACCGAAAACUAAGCGACAUUCAAAAGUCACUUAA